AUGAAACGCAAGCCCGAAUACGCAGAUCAGUCUGACGACUAUGGAUUACCGCGUCAUUGCCCUAAAAGACAACGAUCAGAAACAGCGGCAGACGCAGAUGCAGAUUCUGUCCCGGGUUCCUGGGAGGGCCUGUCGAGGAUUUGGCUUACGAAGCGUGCGUUGGCGGAAUUGAAUCGAAGGACGUGCAAGAUUCGGCUACCGGACCCCGUGGAUGACAAUUUGAAUAGGCUUGUUCCUAUCGAGUCGAUCGAUGUGAAGGCGUUGAAGCGGUUUGCGAGGCAGGGAGGGCCGGAUUUGCGAGACUUGCGCUGGUAUUCGUAUUAUGUCGCCGACCGGUAUGCUUGCUCGGACCAGAUCAUCAUGGACCCGGUUCAGGAUGGCAUUCAGGGCAACGGUGGAAGUGGAAAUAGAAAGCCACAAUGCAGAGAAUAUCAGCAGCAGGAGGACCCAGAUGCGAACAAGGGCGACCUCGAACUCGAAGAAGCAGGAUUCUCUGAAGAUCUCUUCUGCCCCGGUUCACCAACAGCCAGCGAGCAGGAGCAAUGGAGAGCAGACGAAUUCGACGCCAACUUCGAACAGCUCCUCCUCGACAAUGGCGUCUACCCUCCGGACUACGACUACACACUGGAAGGCUACCCGGAGCCCAGGUACCCACGAAACUGGGACGAGAUCAUAUCUCGAGCCAAAGAGCGCCGACCGUCUCUGGAGAAGAUGCUCCGAAUCGGCGCAGAGAGCAUGGAGAUCCUCGCCAAUACGAACCGAAUAGCCUGGACGGAGAAAGACGCCGAGAUGCACACGUUCCCAGACAUAACCGGCGAAGGGGCGAGCAGCACCACGGCCGAGCUGGAUGAGGAGUUCAGAUACACGUACGAUGAAGGGCACAUCAACUUUGCAAACCAGCGAAGGAACGAGCCGUUCGAUAACAUCGAGCCGUUCUUCCAGGGCUCCUCCCACCACGAACACAACCACUUCCCCCGUGCCAAACCGACUCUAUACGACGGCAUCGCCCGGGGAGCGCUAUAUCCCGACCUCCUCGAAAGAUUCAACACCUACAUCUCCCCCUCGACGGAUGAAACGGCGCCCAUUCUCCCCAACUUCUUCGCGGAAUGUAAAGGCCGGCUCGGCUCGUCCCUCGUUGCCGAACGCCAGGCGCUCUACGACGGCGUUCUCGGCGUGAGAGCCAUGCACGUCCUCCAAUCGGCCUGGAACGAGGGGUACAUGGACUUCGACGACAACUCGUACGCGAUCGUCUCGACCUUCCGAACGGGCGAGCUGGAGCUGUAUGCGGUGCACGCGACGUUUUCAAACACCGCGUGCCGGCCGGAGUACCAUAUGAAUCUGAUCGGACGGUGGUAUAUUCUCAGCUCGCCCGACGCGUUCCGGGAGGGGGUCUGCGCGUUUCGGAAUCUGAGGGAUUGGGCUAGGGAGAAGAGGGACGAGUUUGUGGAGAAGGCGAAUGGCGCUGUCGACGCUGCUCGGCGACGGGAUGCGGCGGUCUACGCGGGGACGAGGGGGAGCAUUGCGUGUUAG